AUGUCACUCUGUUGUUCUUUCUGCAUAAGUAAUACUGGUUUGAAGCUAGUACAUUCGUGUGCAAACUUAAUUUGCAUUUGCCGACCCUCUAAUUGCACGCGGAGCACGCCACCUUUGCCUGGUCUUCAGCUUGGUGGUUGCAAUGUGCUUGAUGAUCACAAGAUGUCAUCAAAUUCCACGCUCACAGAAUCACUUCAUGAGAAAACAAUCGUCUUUGGGCUUAAACUUUGGGUUGUGAUUGGGAUCGCUGUUGGAGCAUCCCUCCUGGGUAUUCUUCUUAUCCUUGUGAUAUGCCUAACCAUCCAAACCUGGAUCAGACGGUCACGAAAGGCAUUCAAGGAGCUUCCCAUGACCCAGAUACCUUCUGCAUUCAAGGACAUCACAGAAGUCAGGGUGGCUGACCAAUUUUCAUCCAAUGAUUAUGUUGUACAUGAUGGGCUUCUACUCGCCAUUGAGAAUGGGCCUGUUGAAUCAAUGGAUAAAGAUGCAGUUCAAUUGGUGCAGGAGGACAAUUCGAGGCAUAGAGAAGAGAACAAUCUUUCAGGUUCUUUAGUUCACACUGAUGGCUGUGAUGGAAUUCAAUCUGUUUCUGUCUGUGAACAGCCUUCCGUACAUGCUACUGCCGAUUCUGCGCCAUUGGACGGCCUACCUGAGUUUUCUUACCUUGGUUGGGGCCAUUGGUUCACUCUCAGAGAUCUAGAUGUUGCAACCGACCAUUUUGCAAAGGACAACGUAAUUGGUGAGGGUGGAUAUGGUGUUGUGUACCGUGGCAGAUUAUCAAAUGGCACCCCAGUCGCUGUCAAGAAAAUCCUUAACAAUUUAGGGCAGGCCGAGCGGGAAUUCAGAGUGGAAGUUGAGGCAAUUGGUAAUGUUCGCCACAAGAAUUUGGUCCGGCUUUUGGGAUAUUGUGUUGAGGGUACCCAGAGGAUGCUUGUAUACGAGUUUGUUAACAACGGGAAUCUUGAAAGUUGGCUCCACGGAGAAUUGUCCCAGUACAGCUCUCUCACUUGGUUAGCUCGCAUGAAAGUUCUUCUGGGGACUGCAAAGGCCCUUGCAUACUUACAUGAGGCACUUGAACCAAAGGUUGUGCAUCGUGACAUCAAGGCCAGCAAUAUCUUGAUCGACGAUGAGUUUAAUGCCAAAAUAUCUGACUUUGGUUUGGCCAAGAUGCUUGGUGCUGGUAAAAGUCAUAUUGCUACUCGAGUUAUGGGUACCUUUGGCUAUGUUGCGCCUGAGUAUGCUAACAGCGGGCUUUUGAAUGAGAAGAGUGAUGUCUACAGCUUUGGGGUUCUUUUAUUGGAAGUUAUUACAGGUAGAGAUCCAAUUGACUAUGAUCGCCCCCCAAGUGAGGUAAACCUAGUCGAUUGGCUUAAAUUGAUGGUCGCCAACAGACGGUCUGACGAAGUGGUGGAUCCACACCUUGAGAGAAGACCAUCGACAAAGGAACUCAAACGUGCCCUUUUGACAGCUCUGCGGUGUAUCGAUCUGAAUGCUGAGAAGAGACCAAGGAUGGAUCAGGUCGUCCGGAUGUUGGAUUCUAGCGAAACCAUACCUCAAGAGGAACGAAGACCACGACAGAACCGGAUCUCUGAGAAUACUGAAACCGUGCCAUUGAGGGGCAAGAACAGCAUCGAGAAGAGUGAUGCCCCUGAGCAUGAGGAGAGGCCCCCUCGGCCAAAGAGUCGUCCAUUUUCGUCCAAAUGA